GUUUGGUUCCUCCAGAGUGAUUUUUCAAGGUUAGUGUAGGACUCUUUUUCAUUUUGGUUUUCUUUAGGAAAAGGACCUCAAUUAAGAAGAAACCCCCAGAGGAGCCAAGCAGGAGACUGAAGACGCAGGAGGACUCAGCAUACCAGAGACAGGCCCAUGAAGACAAGAUGAAUGACGGGGAUAGGUACUGAGUGUUUCUGGAUAUUUGAAGGUAAAUAACUCUAUCAAUACUUAAAAGGUUAAUAAGUACAAUAUGCUGGCUUUUAAGAAAAAAAAAUACACAUUUUCACAGUAACUGAAGGGCUAUAAUUCAUGUUUGUUUUCAGGUAACUCCAAAGAGUCAAACACCCAAAAUGACUCUAGAGGAGCCCAAAGAUGACGACCAACCCUGUGAUGAACAAGACGACAUGGAGAAGUAAAGUAAGUAAAGCUUGAUGAAUGUGUCCUAUAUCAUCAAACUGUUGUCUUGGUGUGCUGCUCUAUUGACCUACUUAAGAUGAACUUUUAGUUAGUAUGCUAUUGUGUAGGUUUACAUUAGGCUACAUAAUUAACACAGAAAAAGUAGCCCUGUGCCUUGUUGAAAUAUAACCAAACAGUCUUAUUCAUAUAGUUGGUCUCUUUUUAUUUACCAAUUGCAGCAUCAUGCCUAGAAAGGAGAGGAGAAGGGAAAAAGAAAGGGAGCUACAGCAGGCAGCCCAGGGGAGCAGCUCUUUACUCUCCUGGAUAAAAGCAUCCACCAGCAGCAAGGAGGAAGAUGAAGAUGAAGAUAAAAGGUCAGAGUCAAGAGUCAUGUUCACUGUUUAGGGCAUUUUAAAGCUCAAAUUUUGAAGUUGAACUGUUCCUCUAAUUUGACUGAAAUAUCUUAUAAGCUGUCUACACAAAGUGGUUUGGUUGUACUAAAUUAGGCAUUAAGCUAUUUUAGCUAAUGAUAUUAUUUUGUACCAACAAGUUAUUUCCAUGUUACAAGACUUGCAGUAAUCUUACCUUUAUAGGCUAUAUUCAACCUUAGAAAAAUGGACUAUUACUAAAACUAUUAUUAUUCUAUUCUAGGCAGCUACAGCAGGGAAGCGGUCGACCAACGACCAGCAAAGAAGCUGAGAUUGAUGAAUCUCCAGAGUCAUCUAGGGAUAAAGACGAGUCCAUAGCAGCACCAAGUCUAUGCAGUUACAGAAUCAGAAGUGCUGUCUGA